AUGCAACGACUCAUCGAUUUUCUCGAUCAACACCCUCACAUCCCUUAUUCCACCCCUUCCUCCUCCGAGUUCAACACCCUUCGCCCAGGCUAUGUGAUCGACUCUACGACGCCAGCGAUAAUCCUGCGACCUCGCACGGCCGACGAUGUUGCCGGUCUGAUCUCUAUUCUCAAAACAAAUUCCCUUCACUUUGCAAUCCGGGUUGGUGGACAUGAUAUGUUUGGCAGAUACCAGGCGGAAAGUGCGGUUACCAUCGAUCUCCGUGAGAUUGCCUACAUACAUGUGGAUCGGGAAGCCCGAACUGCGCGCAUAGGAGGAGGUGUUAUAGUCUCGGACCUGCUCUCGGUGCUAGAUCAGUAUGGUAUGGUUGUGCCACAUCCGAUCAUCUCAAGUGUCGGGUUUGUUGGCUGGGCCACACAUGGGGGCUAUGGCCUUAUGAGUUCUGAGUAUGGCCUGGGAGUUGAUCAGAUCCUGCAGGCCAAGGUGGUUGGCGCAGAUGCAACUGUCUGCAACGCAAAUGACGAAAUGUUGGCCGUGAUUCGAGGGGGAGGUGGGACACUUGGCGUGAUUGUCGAGCUGACCAUCAAAAUCUACCCCCUGGCCCAGCUGCUCGCAGGAUUCAUACUAUACGAUUCCAACGACCUCCCCGCGGCGAUCAAGCGAUACAACGAUGCGUAUCGUCAGCAGAAAGCUACACUCCCGAAGGAAUUGAAUCUCUUCCAGUCCGUUAUGAACGGCCCCGUUGGAAAGGGAUUUGGGGUAAUCUUUGUUUGGGCAUCCUCAGACCUUGAUGCCGGACAAACAUGGUUGUCCCGAGUGAGCUCCUGGUCACCUGUAUCCCUGAGUACCGUAUCGUCAACAACGAUGGCUGCAUUCAACGAAACCACAAAGGCCAUUGCCCCUCAAGCCGCCUUUGGGAAAUCUUUGACGCUGAGCUUCAAGGAUCUUACCUCAGAAGUUAUCAAUGUCAUCUGCAAGCAUGCGGUAUUGCAACCCAACAGUCCAGCCACUAUCUUGGGUAUGCACGAGCUGCGGGAGUGUGCCCCAAAGCCUACAAUGGACACCUUAAUUGCCGACCGUACCCCCCAUUUGGUGAUGGAGUUGCUUCCUACUGUGCGGGACGCUGCUUUGCUGGACGCUGCGCUUGCAUGGGCCGAGGACCUUUACAAGGAUCUCGUCAGCACGGAUCCUGACAACAAGCUGAUCUCUACUUACCUCCCACUGACCGAGCCAGAUAGAGUCAAUAUGCAAGGUAUCUAUGGGGACAAGUACCAACUGUUGAAACUGAUCAAACAUAAGUAUGACCCUGAUAAUGUUUUUGCGCGUGCUCUAGCUCAAGUGUGA